AUGCUGCUCGCCACUAUUGCGGCAGCCGCGAUGGGUGACUACGCCGACAACCCGGUCUUCACUGGAGUGGCUAGUCUUAACCACGAGUCUGAUCAUGAUGCGAAUGACUUCGGCGCGGUUCUUGGUGACCGAGGUACUGGAGACGACCGCGACGCGUCUGCUUUGUCGCGUGACGCGCGUCUUGUGAUCACUCUUCCAACCAUGCCUGUUAGCACCCGCGAAGCUAGAGGUAUGCACAGCAACGCUUCUGUCGCUACUGGGAAGGCCACCAUCGCAAAGGGAUCAUCAGUACCACUCCUCGCUGGUGGUUCAGCCGUGUCGGCCUGCGAGAAUGAAGGAGACUCUGACCUCUGCAAGGGCUCUUAUGGCGGCCUCUCACCUGCAGCAUUGGCUGGUAUCGUGAUCGGUUGUAUCCUCGGAACUGCGCUUCUUGGCACCGCUAUUGCGCUCUUCGUCGUCAUCUACAGACGCAGUCGAGUGGGCCGAGGAGUCGAACAGGAACAGAACCGGGCUACCACGCUCCGGCAGCUCAUCGGAGGUCGCAACACUCGUGGUGCGGAUCUGGAGGCCGGGCAGGGCAUUGAGCUGACUCAUGUUUAA